AUGGACUCGGGCGCAGAGUUUGGUCGAGCCUACUCUUGCCAGGACUGGUCUCUCACAGUAUCGCAAGGCCCAAGAGGCCGAAGAGAUGCACACUAUUCGCUUAAGAACAAGGUCACAAACGUCACCAUCUACAGAGACGAUCGUGAUACUAGCGAUGAUGAUGAGCUCCUUCGCAAUGACCGUAAUGACCCCACAAACGACGAUGAUCAUGCCUCCUCAAAUGCGGAGACAGAUACAGACUCCAAAUCCGAACAAACUACUUCCAGCAAACGCCAAUAUCUGAAAGGCGUCUACCUCUGCGCUUCCGCCGGUUCAAUCGUUUUGCUGCUUAACAUCAUCCUCUUCGCCAUCGCCAGCGGUCUCGCCAACUCAAGUAAAUAUCGCACCCUAAACAACAUCCAUAAUAAUACCUUCUCAACCACCGAGAUUAUCUAUGAAGGAAGUUGCACCCUCACCAAGAGAUGGGACACAGCCCUCCACUUCAUCAUCAACGUGCUCAGCACAGUUAUCCUUUCUGCGAGCAAUUACUGCAUGCAAUCACUCGUGGCGCCAACAAGAAAAGAUAUCGAUAAGGUGCAUGCAGAAAGGGAGUGGUUAGACAUCGGCGUUCCCACGAUCUCGAUGCGCAGAAUGUAUCAAAUUUCACUACAGACGAUUUGGAAAGUUGCUUUUCUGUCGUGGGGACCAGUUGGAAUGACUUUGCGGAGAGCAUCUCGAAUGGAAGUCGAGAGAUUAACCAAACAGCAAUGUGUUGACACCUAUGGGGGUACUAUCUGGUUGUCUGGACGAGGAACUGUCGUCGUACUUUCUGAUGAUCUCCCUAAUGCUGCUGACGGAGACACCUCCAUUCUUCUCGGAGGACUCGGACAGAUCCCCCAAUUGCCUGAUGGAGCAUUAUUUGAAGAAUACCUCCCCUAUGGGUGGCUAUGUGGGAAUAAUAGUCUAUCGUGCGACAAAGCAGGCUUUGACAGUAACAUCGAUGCCAUCCAAGUCAAGGGUUAUCCUUUUCGAACUCGAACCUGGGCCUUUGAUCUAGCGACCUCAAAUGGUAGCAGUAUGGUGACAUUCGUCUCGGGAGAGAACGGAAACUUCUCGGUCGAUACAUGUUCCAAGGAAUCAAUCAGCAAUUCUACCUGCAGCGAUGCAAACAAACUUGUCGACUGGAUCCGUCAGGCUUACCCAACAAACAUCCAGCAACUGAACGAUUACAUCCAAGCCAAUAGCACAACAAAAAAUAUUACAGGAAUUCAUAUCCACAGCACCGAUUGUUCUGCAAUACUCCCAAAGGGUUUUAUUCUCUUGAUGGAUGUUAGUCAGUUGUUGUACAAUCCGCCCAUUUGUGUCACGAUCAUUGCUUGUGCCACUGUCAACGUGGUGUGCAUGUUUUUGGCUGCAAGACUGGAUCGAGAGGAGCCUCUGCUGACCGUUGGAGAUGCCGUGGCCUCAUUUCUCACAAGACCGGAUCCUACAACGGCUGGGAUGUGCUGGAUGGGUAGGUGGGAUGUUCAUGUUUGGGAGGCGUGGAAGAGAAGACCCGCGGUUAGAACAGCAAAUCACACCGAACAACGUCCAGUCAACGAAGAAUAUCCUGACCUCGUGGUCAUUCCGAAGAAGUUGUCAAGACGAAAAUUCUGGAUGCAGGCGGCAAGUUUCUGGCGGUGGGUAGUGACACUCCUUUUUUACCUCCUCGCGGCCUCCAUCACCAGCGAAGGCGUCAACAACACCGAUCUCAAAUUUCUCUGGUCCAUGGGCUUCGGCACCAUCCAGCCCAAAGCCAUCAUCUGGUCCAUCCUCUACAAAUAUCCCAAUUUAUCUGUCUUCAAAUUGGUUUUUAUCGCCAACAGUCCCCAACUCAUCGUGACGAUCAGCUACUACUUCUACAAUAGCGUGCUAACAGGCAUGCUCGCUGCGUCCGAAUACAAUUCAUAUGGCAUCAAACGAAAACCUCUCCGAGUCUCAUUCCCGCAAAAAGGAAGCCUCCAACGAUCCACGUACUGGCUCACUGUGCCCUAUCGAUAUAGCAUCCCGUUAAUAAGCGUCUACAUGGUUCUCCACUGGUUGAUCUCGGAGAGUAUUUUUUACGUGCAGCUUGUGCCGUAUGAUCUCCACCAGCAGCCGCGAUUUGACAGCAAGUUAAGUGCCCUGGGUUUCAGCCCUAUUGCGAUUAUUUUUGCGUUGAUUGUAGGAGGGGUGAUGAUGUUGGCGUUGGGAGGUGGUUGCCUUGGGGGACACGUUACAUGGGGGGAGACGGUGUCACCGCCGGUGUGGGCAGUGCUCACUACUGAAGGUGGUAAUGAAUAUCCGGCGCAUUGUGGUUUUACCUCAAAAGAGGUUACCAGGCCGUCAAGGGAUAAAGUGUAUGCUUAA